ACAUACACAUCAAUUUACCGUUUUACAAGAAUAACUAGCUAAAUGGCACUCACGGUUUUUAAUAUAUUUUUCAUUUUGUUCUCUCUUCUUCCUUACUUUUCCUUUUCUUACACAUUCAGUCGUCUCAAUUUGCCAUCACCAGCCAUGGGUCCAGACUCUACUGCUUUUGAUGCUCAUGGUCAAGGACCCUACACUGGUGUUGCGGAUGGUAGAAUUCUCAAAUAUCAGGCUCCCAAUGUCGGUUUCCAAGACUAUGCUUUUGAUACGCCUAACAGGUCAAAGGCAGUGUGCGAUGGAAAUUCAAACCCAAUUCUCGGAAAUGUGUGUGGAAGACCUCUAGGUUUAGGGUUCUUGCGUUCGACAGGGCAGCUCUUCAUCGCCGACGCUUACCUUGGGCUCCUUGUUGUCGGAACUAAUGGCAGGCUUGCAAGAUCAAUAGCUACUGGAGCAGAAGGAGUGCCUUUUCGCUUCACUGAUGCUUUGGAUAUUGACCAACUAUCAUCCACGGUCUUUUUCACCGAUGCUAGUGCUAUAUACAACCUUGGUGAAAUUACACUAGCCGUGGCUACCAAUGACUCAACUGGAAGGUUAUUAAAAUAUGAUCCAAAAACCCAAAACGUUACAGUUUUAUUAAGAAAUCUUUCAGGUCCCGUUGGUGUUGCAGUUAGUGUUGGUGGAAAAUAUCUCCUUUUCACAGAGUUUAUAGGGAAAAGAAUUCAAAAAUAUUGGCUAAAAGGUCCUAAAGCCAACACAUCAGAAGUUCUAUUAACAUUGCCGGGGAAUCCUGACAACAUUAAGAGGACACCAUCAGGAGAUACUUUUUGGGUUGCAUUAAAUGUUCAACAAUCUGCGCAAAUUAAUGUUCCUACAGCAGUAAAAAUUGACGGGCUUGGUAGAAUUUUGCGCAAUAUUUCUCUUAGUCAGGACUAUAACUCUACUUUGAUAAGUGAGGUUCAUGAGCCUGUUGUUGGGAAAUUGUACAUCGGUUCUUUGUUCACUAAUUUUCUUGGUGUGGUUAAGAAUAUUUGAGAGUUUGUUAAUGUCCUAACGUAGCAACUUUUCAAAAAUAAAAGCUUUGAUGUAUGGCUCCCUUAAUAAUGUUGCAACGAAAUUGUAUGCGUUAUGUAUGAUUAAAAUCAAUAAAACUAUAAUAUGCGAAAAGUAAAAUGAAAAUUAAAUAUCUAUAAAUUUAAA